CAUAGACACGCAACACAAACUGUAGAUUCGCACUACUGGCAGUGGGUACAGCGGAAUGCAAUUUAACGUAUCUGAAAAAUGUUAUUGCAAAAAUUUUCUAUUAUAGAACCUACAGUAUUCUUCAACGAUGGCAAUAAAAAGAUUUCUUUUUUUUUCUCGAGUAGUAUUUAAUGUGUGGCAGUUGAGGAGAUUUUUUUAUUCUCUGGCUUUGUUUUUAAAAUGGCCGAUAACCGCGGUCAAAAGUAGUGAUCGUUUGAAACAUCAUAAAGAUACGUUUAGGGUGACUACCAUGACGUUUAAUUGCAAUGUAUAGUUUUACCGGUAAUAGCGCGCAAUUGCUUUCCCCGAGUGUUGAGAUGCGAGGUUAAAAAAUUAUUAACAAUGUUGCAUGCGAGAGUCGUCUUAACCUAUAAGAGGUGACACUUGAGAAUCUCCACGCGAGUCAGGUGCUGAAGAAAAUGUCGCGCGAAAAGCCAUGUCGUACUUGUACGGAUUUUAGAACAUGGGCGAAACAACAAAAAGAAACCUAUGAAAAGGAGGUACGGGAUAGCCAAGCAUCGGUUAAUGGUACUCGGGAGAAUUGUCCUCUGGACAAGGAUGAAUUAGGUUCCAAGACUUGGGCCUUCUUGCAUACCAUGGCUGCGUACUAUCCCGAUCAACCCAGCAACGGACAGAUGAAUGACAUGAAAAACUUUUUCUAUACAUUUUCUAAAUUCUAUCCUUGCCACACAUGCGCCGAGGAUAUGCAGGAACAAUUGAAACAUUCGCCACCGGCGACCAGUUCGCAGGAAGAAUUGAGUCAAUGGCUCUGCCGUCUUCAUAAUGCAGUGAAUAAGAAGCUCAUGAAGCCAGAAUUUGAUUGCAAACUAGUGAAUCAAAGAUGGAGAGACGGCUGGCUCGACGGUUCUUGCGACUGAUGGCGUUAAUAGUUUAUGUAAAAUGGGACCUGAAUAGAAUGCACAUUAUCAUGUA